ACGCUGAUCACUGCCUGAUCGGUUCGGCGCUAACGGGCGCGCUUGUUUCGCAUUGUUUCCUCUUCCUCGUUCGCCUAUGUGUCACAGUGACAGCAGAAUAACCGCAAAGUUAAAGCACCAGAGCGGGCACCGAAAUUGAAGUUGAAAAGUGCGCGAAACCCGGCAUUUGCUGACGUUUUUUUGUGGCACCUUCUCGGGUACAGCCGCAGUAAAAAGAAGAACGAGCACGAGUAAAGAAUAGCUAGAGCGAGAAAGAGAGAAAGAGAGAGAGGGAGUGUGUGUGAGAGAACUUCGAUAGCGCAGACGGUCGACAGCUGAAGCAGCAGUCAGGCGGAAGAAGAACUAGUGAAGAGGUCUCCACGAAACCUCCACCGUGCAAGCAGCAAUCCUACAAUACCACUUACUAUUACACACUGGUGAAGUGUAAAAGCAUCCCAUUUUUACUGUACGAGCACACGCGGGGGCCAACACACUUCUGGCUGCACAGAGAGCGCAAGGGUUUUCACACGGUGUACCGCAUCAGCAGUGGACGGAUCCCCAUCUCUUCGUCGUCAUCACCGGGCGCGGUGGACCUUUAAACGGUCUCGUUGCCCAACCGGGUAUCCUGAUUGGAUUGGGUUGCCCCACGGUGUACGGAGAAGAUACCCUGAUGUGGUGAAUGUGCGACCAUCUUCUCGUCAGGAAGGUUCCAUCGCCAGAAGGGGUGUUGCUACUGUAUGUGUGCCAAAGCGAGUGUAGUUUAGUAAGUGCGUGUAUAUGCUGCAUCCGCGAGUGUUCACAGUUUUCCUAUUGUGCUGUCGUGUACAUCGUCCCCAGCGCCUGCUUGGAGUACACAUUUCUUGCAUGGUGAAUAAUUUCUGGCCUCUGAUCUAGCAACCAGCACGGUGUACCGGCUCAAAGACGAACAGCAAGCUGCUUAGAAUGGAAAAUACCAAUAGAUCGGAUUAUCGACUACCAAACAAAGAAGCAUCCCUGUCAGAACCAAAGCGCAGAAGCCGUAAACGCAAAAACACAUCGGAAAGCCAUCAACAUGGAGAAUCGGACAAUGUUCAGCGAUCAGCAAAGCAGCGUCGAAAUAGCCAGGCCCGGACAUCACCGGGUGGUGCCGUCGCUUCGACAUCCACCAAAUCCGCCAACGUACUACCUGCCGCACCAACAUCAUCCUCCACGUCCUCCACAGCGACUGCUCCUGCACCUGCUGGUCUAUCCAUGCCGAGUAUAGCCAGCUCGGCGAGUGUCUCCUCCGUCAGUAGCAACCGAGAUGCCGAUUACACCUCCGACACGCCGGGUUCAUCGGAAUGUUUUGGGCACGACAUCGACUACUAUCAUCUCGACAGCCCUGCCACCGUUAGCUCGAACGGGAUGAGUCCAUUCGGCGUAUCGGAAUGGCUUCCCAAGCAGGAGAACUCCACGCUUCCCGGUUCGGUACCGAUGGCGGACCCGCUGAUAGAAAUGUUCCUUGACAGUAAAGGGAAGGCAAAGGCUAGUAGUGCUGCGGACGCAAUAUUGCCACCGACAUCCUGCUAUCUGACGCCUUCACACAAACAACGUUCCUGUCCGCUGCCAAACUUUUCCUGGGCGGAUAAACUAGAAUUGUGGGAUCUGAUGUGUCGAAAGGAUGAAUUGGCGUGGAUAGCCCGGGAACCGAACAUGUUUGAUAAUCAUCAAGGUCUACAACCUCGAAUGCGUGCGAUCCUGCUCGACUGGUUGAAUGAGGUAUGCGAAGUAUAUAAGCUGCAUCGGGAAACGUACUACCUAGCGGUGGACUACAUCGAUCGGUAUCUGAGCUGCAAGAAGGACCUGAAAAAGUCGCACCUACAGUUGCUCGGCAUAACGGCACUAUUUAUUGCGGCUAAGGUCGAAGAGAUUUAUCCACCAAAAAUAGGCGAAUUCGCGUACGUUACCGAUGGCGCUUGUACGGACGAGGACAUACUGCGCGAGGAACUGCUAGUGCUGACCGCGCUCGAAUGGAGAAUCAAUCCCGUAACGGUGAUGGGAUGGUUGGGUCUAUAUAUGCAAGUGAACGUAACCAGCCGAGAGUCACACAUAAUGCCGGCGCGGAACAACGAGUGUUCGCAAACCGCAAAGUCUCCAUCGCGGAAGCGGAAAAUUACGGAUGAAAAUGAAGAUAGUAAUAAUGUUAAGAAAAUGAAGGUGACAACGGAGAGGCCACCAACUACCAAGACUGAUGAUGAUGCGUUCGUGUAUCCCCAAUUCUCCGGCAUGGAGUUCGCCCAUACGGCUCAGCUAAUUGACCUGUGCUCGCUGGACGUCGGGUUGACCAAUUUCAAAUAUUCUGUGAUUGCAGCCGCUGCCAUCAGCCAUACGUUUGAUCGGAAAACGGCAAUGUUUGUAUCGGGAUUCGACUGGGAAGAGAUAGCACCGUGCGCCAAAUGGAUGGAACCAUACUUUCAGGUAAUCUGCGACGAGAAUGCAUCCUGUCCGCUCACAUUUCUUGAAUCGAACGAACCAAUCAAAUACUGUCACGGUUUGAAGCACGUCUGCCCCAACCUCGUCUCCGAUAGUUCCCACAUCAUCCAAACGCACACAACUUCGCUGGAUAUGCUGGAUAUGGUUAGCAUUAAGAUCGAACAGAUGGAAUCACCUGUACGCAUGGGGCAUUUGGAAGCAUCGCCGGCACCCGUCAGCCACGAGCCGGAAGAAGGUGGCCUCCUAACACCGCCAUCCUCGAAUCGUAAAUCACUGGAAACCGUCGGUGGCGUGAUCACAGCAGUAUCGGUUGUAGCUCCCGAAGCAAUCACUAAAGUUGUAAGAUCCAAUGCUGCAAACACAACCCGCGUCGAUAGGUGGAGUAUGAGCUGGAAUGGAGCAUGUAUAUUAACUCGUACCCCCUCUCAACCGUUCUAACCCAACUCCAGUGCCGCAUCUAAAUAAUUUAAAUUAUUAUUUGCCCAUCAUAUCGUUGAGAUCCCGUUAAAAUGAAGUGUAAAGAGCAGAGCAAAAUGGGCCAAUUUUCUUCUUUUCUGAAUGAAUCCUUCAAUUGAUCGCGAGAUAUUUUUGUCCCAAGCACAACAUUCCACAUAGGAAAGGAAACGUUUUGUUAAUGAAUAUUGAUGAUUCCUUUUCCUGAUGUCUAACUCUAUGAUCUAAUCCCUCCAAAUACAAUUCCCACUAAUCUUUAACAGAUUCAAAACUGCUUCUAACAAGUUACUAAUGCAAGCAGAGACCUUUCAAUGGCAAAUCCUUACAGUGCGUCCCAUCCCCAUUAACACACUAGCAGUCAAAUGCCUGUCCAAUUGAAAGUUUAACAAUCUCUAUUGCUUUUAUAACAAACUAACCCUACCUUUCCAUAUCGAGAUAUACAACAUUCAUUAUAUUUUCCUUCGUUGAGCAAUUGUUGUGCCUUCCAUUUCAUUAAAAGGGAAUAAUGGUGCGUGCAUAAUGCGACGGAUUCCAGAAAUGUAGAGAUCGUUGCUCAUUUUAUUCUGCUAGCUAUAUGAGAUAUAUAAAAGGAUUAAAUUUUUUCGUAAAUAUGUGAAGAAAUGAAGAAAAAUGAAAAGUGUUACAGUACACAAAUGUGAUAACCAGUUUAAUUUAUUCGAUGGUCACCAUAUUAACCUUCCAUAUUUUGUUUACCGUCAACGCUAUCGCCGAUUUCAUUCAGUACAAACAAACACAAACUAAUGCAACAGUACGUUGUUGCUUCCCAAAGUUUCAUGAAAUUUAGUAGAAUAUAUAUUAAACAACAAUAUAUCGUAUAAAGCUUUACAAACGAAAACAUAAAUUACAUAAAAUACAGAUCAUUACAGCAUUUAUAGCACAAUGAAUGUAGUGCAGAGAUAAAUCAAACUUUUGGAUUGGUUCAUGCUAGUUUGAAAUGUUGUUGUUUUCAAAACUUACCUACUUAUUUACUUUUGUUAACAAAUGUUGAAUGAAAGCUCAAAGUUAUGAAAGAUGUGUGUUAGAAAAAGUACCAGAUCACAUCCAAAUAUUUGCCAAGAAUGAUGGCAUGUAUAUAUAUAACGAUUCAGUACCUUAGUCAAUGAUCAUUUACUGUAAAAGGAAAUGGUUGUUGAGAAAUCGAGCAUAAACAAACAUCCGGGAUAUCACACACUCACUAGAGUGUGAUUAAUAUAAGAAAUAUAAGACUUAUUAUCUAGACAUCUUAUAGUGGAAAGCAAUUCGCAAUGUAUAUUGGUUUAUUGCUAUAAGAAAUGUCGAAUCCAAUUUCCGAUCAUAGAACAACAAUUACAGAAACAAAACUCAUCAUAUAUCAACGGUGAUUGUACGCCGAUUAUAUACGCAUAACAUCGAACUGUAGAUAAAAAUAACGGACUGUUUCAAGGACUCGCCCAUGUGCUGGUAGAGAAAAUGAUUAAAAUUUCGCGACUUACUGGACACAGUGAUAUUUGGCUACCUUUUAACACUCUGAUAAAUCCCACAACCCUGUCAACACGCUUAUUAUAGGUUAGAUUAGCAUGAUAGAUGUUUGAUUGAUUUAGUUACUGAAGAAAAAGCUUUCGAGAAGCUUGUGUAGCUGCAAACAUAUUAAUAUUUUUGUGAACGAAUUUGGAAUAAUGCAAUGAAAUGAUUUCCUAACCACUUAAGGUAACAUUUGCCGUGUAGUUCGUUCGAAAAAAAACGCGCAUGCUCUUGAUAGUACACGCAACGUGAACUAUUUAUUUGGCACUGUAAAUAAAUAGUCAGAACUAUAUCGUACGGCGCAGGAGCUAAUGGCGCCGGUUUCUAAACGACAGAAGAAGUACCAAAUCUCAAUUCGCGUAAAUCUCUCCCGUAUGCAGAACUGACUAUGCAGGCAAUGGAGAAAGAAUAGUCAAGGAACGCGAAAAAGUGAAGAAAAGCCUCUACACAAGAUUGAAAGUCUUCAAAAGAAGCAAAUAGAUAAGAUUGAAUGCCGCUGUGUCACAAUGUGCUAAUACCUAAAAUGCCCUGGUAUGUUAGAACCGGAAUUGGUUCAUAAAUUAAAUCAAUAAAAAUAACAAAAUCAAGGAAAUUUAUUGAAAGAAGUGUGUUGCAUAUUGUAAAAUCUCUUUUAUAGAGCGUAGUGUAGCGUAGAGAAAUGUAAACAAAAAAUGUGAUAAUACUUAACAUAUAAGUAAACCGUAUUACAACUAACACAAUGCCUAAAUUGAAUGAAUUUGGGUUAAACAAACAAUGUUGCAUUUAUUAGUUGUAAUCGUAAAACGCCACCGUACACAGGACUAAUACAAAUUAAGCAAAGCAAAGAAAUAGCAGGCCAAAAAACCCGCCGAUCCCGAAAGUAUAAUGCCGCAGCGAAAGAAAGAAGCAAAUAAUCGUAACAUGAUCGUUCCAUAACAACCAAUUCCGUAGAAAUAUUGGGCGCCAUAUUGACUGUUUCUUUGUUAGCCAUUUUGUUUACAACUUUUGCCCGAAUGUAGAAUUUUCCUCGCCUACGAAAGAGGAAUGAAAAGGAAAAGAGAGAAAUCGUAGACAACAUUGAAUACAAGUUGUGAAAAGUUGAAGAAAGCUUUUAAGCUUUUCCUCACGUAGGUUUUGAUCUGUAUCACAACUUAAACAAUUUUGAGCAGUAUCAAGAGGUGAAUUUUAGUGUAAUAAGAUAAUGUGUAGCAAAUUUAAUGUCGUAAAGAAACACUUUUAUUAUACAAAUUUGUAAUGGACUGAUUUAUCGAAUAAA